GUCAUUUAUAUCGUUGAUGUUAUUGAAUUCCAAAAACGUAGAUUUCCACAUAUCCAUGUUGUAGUGUAUAUACAUCCAGAGCUUCCUAUGAAUCAAAUAGAUAAAAUUAUAUUAGCAGAACUACUGAAUAAUAAUUUAAGAUUAAAAGAAUUGGUUGAAAAAUAUAUGAUACAUAAAUCUCAAUAUUCAUCUUGA